GAAUCUUUAUCAGCAUGUCCUAUAACGUUUGAUCAUCCAAGUGAAUCUCAACAACUGAAAGGUAUAGGUCCAAAACUUGCUUUACGCUUGGAGAAGAAAAUGAUAGACUAUUGUGAACAAAAUGGAUUACCUGUCCCUAGACGCACCAAAGGUAAAAGGAAACGAAAAGCAUCUACCAGUACAACAGAAAUGGAGGACAACUCUUCUGACGAUCCUGCAACAAAACGACGAAAACGACUUUCACGACCUUAUAUACCACGAUAUCGAACAGGUGGAUAUGCCAUUCUAUUAUCUCUUCUACAUUGUUGUGGGAACGAAGGAGGAGGAAAUCACGCUUUUACAAAAGAAGAAAUCAUUCGUUAUGGUCAACAAUUCUGUAACACGUCUAUGGAUCUACCAGAACCAGGGUCAAACUACACAGCAUGGUCUGGCAUCAAAAUAUUGAAGGAAAAAGGCUAUGUAUGGCAGAACGGCAGUCCAGCGCGGUUUUCUCUAACAGAAUCGGGGGAACUCAUGGCUAUACAAUUACAAAAUGCAACAAACGACGACGGUGCAUCAUCUUCAUCAUCUCGGGCAAUUGGACGAAAUCCAAGAACAAUUACAUCCGACUCUUUGAAUUCUACUACUGACGAACCUGAAGUAGAUCUUAGUUUAUAUGUAUUGGAUCCUGAAGCAUAUCGACGAGAAAGGAAUUUAACAUCAACAGCACAACAAUCAAGUGUCUUUCAAUAUACCUAUCUGGACACUAUGAAUCAACCAGUUCGUCAUUUAUCACAAGCUGAAGUGAAAGUCGAUGAAACGAUAGGAUGCCUCUUGUACAAGAUUCAGUUCUCACCACAACAAAGAUGUCAUUCGCGUACAUCAUCACUUUGCCAUGUGAAUAAUACGACAUGUAUUGCCUACUUACAAGAAAGUACAGCGGAUCUUGUAUGUCCUGGGUUACCUGCAAGACCAUUAUUACCAUUACAUCAAGAAGCACAACAAUCGACACGUGAACAUUCUGAUUUCUGGCCUGAUGUGUCUUCAUCUUCUCAACAACGUAGUGCCUAUUUGAUGACAAGAGAUACAGAUUCACCCGCAUCGCAACCGGCUUCACAAUCAAUACAGAGCCAGCAAUCAACAACAGCAAUAGCAAUGUCGAAUAUGGACGUCGGUAUAGAAUCCCCAGUGCAAUCACAAAGCGCAACAUCAACAACAUUAGAUAUUCCUACCAUGGCAACUCAAGCAAGACAAGAAGGGAGUAUAUGGCAACCAAACGAAUAUACUAUAGUUAUGGUACUCGACAAUCGUGAAAUCAAGAUGAAAACCAACCGUGAAUAUAUUCAAGAUAAACUGGAUGAAAAAGGUGUGAAUGUUGUAAAACGUGCUUUGGAUUUGGGAGAUGUUAUCUGGGUAGCCAAACAUGUGAAUACUGAAGAAGAGAUGUUCUUGGACAUUGUGGUGGAAAGAAAACGUUUGGAUGAUCUAGUAUCUAGUGUCAAGGAUGGUCGAUUUUAUGAACAAAAGUACCGACUAAAACAAUGUGGUUCUCGCAAAGUAUUUUAUAUUGUGGAAGAAUACAACAAAGAAUGUGCGGUCAAAUUCGGUACUCAAGCCAUCCAAUCUGCCAUGUCUUCAGUACAAGCCGUUGAUCGAUUCUACCUGAAACGCACUAACAGUCUGGAUGAAACUAUUGAUUAUCUUGUUUGUUUGACAAAAUUGAUACAAAAAUUAUACAAGAAUGUGACCCUUCAGGAAAUCCCUACACGAUUCAUUAAUAGGACCAAUUAUCUUGCUUUGAAAAACGAACUGACACCGACAAUAUCUCUACAACAACGACAACAACAACAAGAGGACCAUGCGGCAAAUUAUCAUGUCAUUCCAUAUCAUAUUUUCAAUCAAAUCAACAGCAAAUCCAAAUCAUCAACACUCCAAGACCUUUAUACCAAGAUGCUGAUGACUAUCCGUGGUGUCACUGCAGAAAAAGCAUAUUCUCUUGGACGGAUUUACCCUACACCAUACCAUCUAUUACGAGCAAUGAAAGCAGCAAAUCAAGAUAGUAGUCAUCCGAAUCGUGGGAAGGAGCUGGCAAUGCUUGCUACAAAGGAUGCAAUUCAACGACGUCGAUGGACAGCAACUCUUAGUGAACGAUUAUGGGAUGUAUGGGGAAAACAUCAUCCUAUAUGA